UACCAUGACGACGUCGUAUUUGUUUUGUGUGGGUAUAAUUCUGAUAACUGCUUGUUUAAAUGCAAAAGGCGGAAACAUGUUGCUAAAAUUUCAAGUAAUUGUUGAGAUGGUGCUGACUUGUCCCAAUAAUGCUCGAUUGGAAUCGCCCAUUACGAAUUUAAAGUCCAUUCGAUAUAACAGAACGUACGGCACAUGGGACUUGGAUUACAUCUUAAAGGAACCCAUAGAUGGUAAUUAUGAGUUGGUUGCAAAAUCUCAAGUGUAUAUUAAUGGAGCAUUCAAAGAUGUGCCACUGAUCACGCUCACAAUCAACUGCAACAACUUAAAAGAAUUUUUCUGGCACGAAAUAAUAGAUGAUUUUUUUUCGAACGGUACCAGAAGAGAGAAAACUUGCCCCAUACCAGCGGGUAAUUUUUAUAUAAGAAAUUGGACACCGAAAUUGGCUCGCACUCCGAGGGCCAUGCUAGGAGGUAAAUUCAAGACUAUCGCGCAAUGGAGGAAAACACGCUCCAAGAAGGUGGUGUUUUGUAUAGCUUUCGUAACCAGCGUCGUCGAGAAUCUGCAAAAUUACAGCAAAAAUUACGUCGAUUAUUACUGAUCUAUACUUCGAACUACAUGGAUUUUUCAACGGCCAGAUUAAGCUUCGUUCUUUGUGUGAUUUCAGGAGCGGCAGUAUGAAAUAAUUAAUAUAUUAGAAGUUACA